GCUCAGUGUCCCUGAAGUCAGGAACAGGUUGCAAGGAGAAGGUUCAACGAAACUCAGCACAAAAGUACAUUAUACUCUGAUUUUUGUGCAACAGAACUAUUUCUGUAACAUCUGCAUCUACCUCCUUGGUUCUUUCCAUCAUGGAUUUAUUGUGUCUGGGUUUAUUCACACUGGCUUUGCUGGCACAGACUCCAAGUGUCACUACUGCUGAUCCACUCAACACAACUACAGCUGCCACCCCGGUCGACACAACUACAGCUGCCACCCUGGUCGACACAAAUACGACUGCCACCCCGGCCACCACAUCUACGACUGCCACCCCGGCCGACACAUCUACGACUGCCACCCCGGCCGACACAUCUACGACUGCCACCACAUCUACGACUGCCACCCCGGCCACCACAUCUACGACUGCCACCCCGGCCACCACAACUACGACUGCCACCCCGGCCACCACAACUACGACUGCCACCCCGGCCACCACAACUACAACUACCAAACAGCCUGCCACCACCACCACCACUACAGCUACCACCACCACCACCACCACUACAACUACCAAACAGCCUGCCACCACCACUACAACUACCAAACAGCCUGCCACCACCACUACAGCUACCACUACCAAACAGGCCAACACCAAUACCACUGGCACUCCAGCCGCCAACAGUACAACUGCUAUCCCAGCCAACGCCACCACAGCUGCCACACAGGACAACACUACAACUCUAACCCAAAACAUCACAACAACAGUGACUACCACCACUGCAAAUGGAGGCUCGGAGGUGAAAGCUUCUGUGCUUUGUCUUGUUUUUCCACUCUUGCUCUACAUGCCUUGUGUUUAAUUGUCUGUGAAGCUUGCAUACAUUAAAUGUAGAUGCACUCUAAUCACAGAAAAAAGGACAACAUCUAAGGUAAAUCCUGACCCCUUUUUGUUUUGUACACAAAAUAUAUGUAGACCUAUCCUAAUCUUAUGUGCUCUUUAUAGAAUUUUGCAAUGCGUUUCUUAAAUAUACAGGGGAACAGAACCAUGCAGUACAAUAGAGCUAAACUCACGGUGCAAAAAAAAAAAAAAAAAGUGAUUGUGAUUUAAGAAAGAAAAAAUAAAUAAAAAUUUAGGUAACACAAUUGAGAACAAAUGAAAGUCAUAAAAAGGCUUUAUUGCACAAACCAUAUUUAAUGAUGUUAUAUACAUUAAUAAAUGAUUGAAUGAAUGAUUGAAUUAAAGGAAGCACAGAAGUACAUAGUUAAAGUCAUAUAAACAAAUUACCAAAUUGCAGUCAUUAAAGUGCCAAUAUAACCUGUUCUCCUUACAUUAUAUUGCACCUAUAAGUACAAGCCAAUAAGUAAUAUUUAAAAUGCAUAUACCUAAAGUAAGUGAUUCAAUACAAUAUGAGGAUUAGCACAAAACAGAGCUUAUUUUUGUACUAGCAUUGGGAAGGAAAUUACCAAAUCAGUGAGUAGGAGGUGCAUCUAAAACUUGUAGGUUUUAUUUAAUCUUCAGAUCGGCAUAUAGCAAGCAGUGCCUGUAGAUAGUCUCCUUUAAAGUGGUUCUGUUGGAAAAAUAAGCAAGAAAAUACAAUUACAUCAAUAUAUUUAUGCAAAUAUUUGAAAUAAAAAUUGAUAUAUUUACUAUACAUUUUAUAUUUAUUACAAUUUUAUCUGUGUGACAAACCUGCAGUGUAGUGUAGAGGGAAGUGCCUGUUAAUUUAAUGAAAGCAGCUCGGAUACAGAGCAGAUCUUCCUCACUGUGAGACACCAUAAUCUGCUGCACUAUCUCUUUCUGUAAGAGUGAAAUGAAUUAUGGGUAAACAGUGCAUCGACAGUCUCUUCAGAUGUAUAUUUUGUCAUUUUGACCCAUCUGUACAGACGAAGUUUGUUUUUUCAUGUCCACUCAUCAAAAUUAAACCACUACACUGCAAAGAAACAUGGUGUCUGACUCUUCUAAUAAACUCUAUAAAAUUACAGUGAUUAUGAGUUUCUUAAGCAACAGAAAAUAAUAGAAAUACCCCCAAAAUUAUUGAAAAUAAUAAUAAAAUGUCUGCGGUUCAUUUCAGGGUAUUUCCUAGAGGUGACAGAAGUUACAGUGUUUUCACUCUCUGACAUUAUCUUUGAAUUUGUUUAAAAUCGGUGAACAAUGGCCACAUUUUGCAGAGUCACAAAAGGGCAUUUGUGGAGGAGCACUUCCUAUGUUCCAAGCCAGUGCUCAGGCAUAGUAAUAAGUACUAAAUGUACCAGUAGUGUGAAAUAAUUUAUGCAAAUAUGACUGUGGGCAGACUGGUUAUAUUUAGUUCAAAAUUAUUCAAUACCCAGGAACUACACAGCUUCCCCUUCUCUCUUUUAUUUCCACUGCGAAUAGGAACUCUGAAGAGAUUUAACAAUCAGACACCAGUUGGUAACUUAACGUUCACCUCUCGUAGUUCUUCGAUUUCCUUUAUUCCCGUGUUAGCCUGUUUUUCUAGUUUUUUUUUCUCAUUGUGAGGUUGAGAAGAAGUAUGGCUGAAGUAAGUUGAAAAGAAUUGCUAGCACAUUUCAUGUUUCAUGUUUAGAUUCCAUAAAGUCUGGAUUUUUUUUACAUAGGUUUUAUUUCAAUUUCAGUCAUAUCUAAAAUCACUUCUUGUAUCGGGCACCUAAAUAAAUACUGAACCGCUAAAGCAAAUAUGCAAAUGAAAUAGAUGUAUUUAUAUAUAAUAUAUUAAAUGUAAGGAAAGAAUGCAAAUUAAAAAAUGGAUGAUUUGUAA